AUGGCAACAUUGGCUGAAACACAAAGAUCUCUAUGUUCCAUCACAGUUCUGGGCAAGUCUAUCAUCAUCAUUAACGAUAGAGAUCUGGCAUUCCAGAUACUAGAAAAGAAUUCUGCGAAACAUUCUUCCCGGCCGCGUCUUGUGUUUGCCGAUGAACUGGCUGGAUGGGGCAAGAUACCGUCAAGUCAAGAUAAUACGCCUCUUCUUCGAGCCUAUCGCCGAGCAAUCACGAGAGUCAUCGGAACCAGGGAAUCCGCGUCCAAGUUCGAUGGUCUGCUUGAAUUGGAAGCCCGAAGAUUUACAUGCCGUGUAUUGCGUACGCCAGAGAAAUUCAUCGAGCAUAACAGGACCGCUGCUGGUGCUUUCAUUCUGAAUGUCACAUACGGCUAUAACAUCGAGCCACAUGGCGAAGACCCGUUAGUGCGCCUAGCAGAUCACGCACUAAAGCAAUUUUCAGAGGCCACUGUUCCGGGCGCCUGGUUAGUCGAUUUGGUCCCAGCAUUAAAAUAUAUCCCAGAGUGGAUGCCGGGGGCAAAAUUUCAGCUAGUUGCCCGGGAUCACUUUCAGACUCUCACGAGACUUUUGGAGAAUCCAGUCGCAUUCACAAAAUUUCAGAUGAACCUUGGCGAGGAUCGGCAGUCCAUCGUAGCGAGGUUGCUCAAACAAGGAGAAGAUGAAGAAAUAGUCAAGUGGUCAGCCCUGGCAAUGUAUGGUGGUGGAUCCGAUACGACUGUUGCAAUCCUUGAAGGAUUUUUCCUGGCAAUGAUGCUGUUCCCGGAUGUUCAACGCAAAGCUCAAGCCGAAAUGGACGAUCUGUUCGGCAAGCCGACUUUGCCAACAGCGGCUGACCGCGAAACGCUACCCUAUGUGAAUGCCAUCGCCAAGGAAGCCAUGAGAUGGCACACCGUCGCACCCUUCGCAAUUCCUCACCGAACAGACGAAGAGGAUCUCAUAAACGGUUUCUUGAUUCCCAAAAAUGCAAUUAUCUUGCCCAACGUUUGGUCAUUCAACAAUGACUCCGCUAUUUACCCCAACCCGCGAGAAUUCCGACCUGAGCGGUUCCUUUCAUCUGAGCCUGCCCUUGAACCGGGAGAUGUGAGCUUUGGCUUUGGCCGCAGAGUUUGCCCAGGACGUCUGGUUGCUGAGACUUCUAUUUUCCUGAUGAUUGCGCACACACUGGCUGUAUUUGACAUCAAAAAGCCCAUUGGAGACAAUGGCAAGGAAAUCGAGCCAACCGUCGAAUUUACACCAGGCAUUCUGAGCCAUCCUGUUUCUUUCACGGCUGCAUUUACUCCACGAAGCCAGGAGCAUGAACAGCUCAUUGUUGAUUUUGAGAAAACCCAUCCCUUUGAAAAAGGAGAUUCGGCUAUCUUAGCUACAGCGCUGCAAAGUACCUGA